AAAUACACACCUUGCAGUGCACAGGGACCCAGGGUCAAGCAUCCAGUCCCCACCUGCAGGGGGAAAUUCCAUGAUUGCUGAAGCAGGGCUGUGGAUGUCUCUCUGUCUCUUUCCCUCUCUGUCUCCCCCUUCCUUCUCAAUUUCUGUCUCUAGCCAAUAAAUGAAUAAAAAUCUUAGAGGGUUUGUGUACCUGAAGUCAGUUUAUUUAGGAGAUAAAUAGGUGAUUGUGUGAACUUCAUGGGCAGAGGGAUAGCUCAUCCCAGGGGGUGUGAUCAUGGCCAUGUGCACAGCCCAGAUUCAAACCCCAGAAACACAAGGGGAAGCUCCAGUGCCAUGAAGUCUGUCUGCCUCUAGUUGAAGUAAAAACAGUGAAAAAAAUCUGCCCAUAUGGGACGAUCUCACUCUCAGGCAGAAGUUGAAAAACAAGAUCAGAAGAGAAAACACAAGUAGAACCUGAAAUGGAAUUGGCGUAUCGCACCAAAAGAACCGCCAUGCAGAAGACAUCCCAGAGCAGCCCGUCCAGGCGCCCUGACAACACCGCCUACAAGCAGCAGCAGCUGCCAGCCUGCCGGGUGCAGCUCACGGCCAGCAGAGUGCUCCUCUGCUUCUUUGCCACCGGGCUGUCCUGCCUUGCCAUGGGCAUCGUCCUCCUGCUGUCUGCAAAGGGCAUCCAGGAAGUGGAGAUUAAUUACACAGAGACGUGUGCAGACUGCGCAGCGCUGAGGGAGAACGCCGACAAUUUUGACAAGGAGUGCUCCUGCUCUAUUCCCUUCAAUAUCCCCCAAGCCAUGCAGGGCGAUGUUUAUAUGUUCUACAAAUUGUAUGGAUUCUACCAGAACCUCUAUCAGUAUGUCUUAUCCAGAAGUAAUAUCCAGCUAGUGGGCACUGAUGUAAAGCACACCGACGGCUGUGACCCAUUCGCCACCCUCAACGGGACCCCCAUCGCCCCGUGCGGCGCUAUCGCCAACAGCAUGUUCAACGACACCAUCAUUCUCUCAUACAACUUCAACUCGUCCGAAGACAUCAAAGUCCCAAUGCUCAAUCAAGGAAUUGCCUGGUGGACAGACAAGUAUGUCAAAUUUCAGAAUCCAAGUUUCAAUGAUCUUCCUAGCGCGUUCGAGGGGACCGUAAAGCCCCCGUCCUGGUCCCAGCCCGCCUACGAGCUGGAUGCAGACACCCCAGAAAACAACGGCUUCACGAAUGACGCCUUCAUUGUGUGGAUGAGGACGGCUGCUUUCCCCACCUUCAAAAAACUGUAUCGUCGGCUGCACCGAACCCAGCACUUCACCGAAGGCUUGCCUGCCGGCAGUUACAGCUUGCACAUCACCUACAACUUCCCAGUCACCAAGUUCCACGGAGAAAAAUCGGUGGUUCUGUCGACCCUGACGUGGAGUGGAGGCAGUAGCCUCUUCCUGGGUCUCGCCUACACAGUGACGGGAGCCGUCACAUGGCUGGCCUUCUUUUCCAUGAUGGCGGUUUACGUCACGAUGGAAAAAAGAAUCUGACCUCACGUCUGCCGGCAAGUCACCCCAUAAAGAAGAAGCAAAAAAAAAAAACAAAAAAAAAAAAAACCAAACAGGCAAUGAAACAAAGAACCAGAAAUGGCCCGUGAAGUACCAAGAUCUCGGGCAGCACAGCACUUGGCAUGACCGCUGUUUCAUCACAGAGAGCGCAAGUGACAGAAGUACAGUCCCAGGUGGAUGGUUCAUGAAAGUUCCACAGAAAAGGAGAGGAGGAGACAGCAAAGAGGAGGAGGAGGAGGGGGGGGAUUAUGUGCAGUACAAUGUCCUUGCAGUGGCGUAAUAAAUCCUUUUUGAAUGUUAAACCUUGGAUAUGUGUUUGGAGCCUUUGUCCCUGAAAGCAGGUGACUGACUGCUCAGGGGAGCACCACAGACCAAGAAGAGUUAGUGAGGGGCUGGGUGGCGGUACACACGCUUGAGCACACAUGUUACAAGUGCAAGGACCCAAGUUCAAGCCCCUGGUCCCCACCUGCAGGGUUGCUUGGCCAGUGGUGAAGCAGGGCUGCAGGUGGCUCUCUGACUCUCUGCCUCUCUGUCUCCGCUCUGGAUUUCUGGCUGUCCCCAUCCAAAAAAUAAAGAUAACAAAAAAAUGUUUCUUUAAAUUUUUAUUUAUAAAAAGGAAACACUGACAAAAACCACAGGAUAAGAGGGGCACAACUCCACACAAUUCCCACCACCAGAACUCCGUAUCCCAUCCCCUCCCCUGAUAGCUUUCCUAUUCUUUAUCCCUCUGGGAAUAUGGACCCAGGGUCAUUGUGGG